CGCGCCGCCCACACCUUUAUGCCGCCUCCCCUCCCAUGGCGCCAACCGCUCGCCCACCCACGCGACGGCGUGCCGCGAACUUGACGACCCUCCUCCCGCUGUCGCUGCUGCUGCUGAUGCUGCUUUCCUCCCCGCCUUUCUGCUCCCCCGCUGCGGCCGACCAAUCGCCGCCUCCCCCACCGCCACCGCCGCCGCCGCCACCGCCUCCCUCGCCACCUCCACCAUCGCCCCUGCUGCUGCCGCCGCCGCCCCCUCCUCCUCCGCCGCCGCCACCGCCGUCUCCACCGGCAUUCCGCACACCGCCGCAGGGGCGCGCCGCGACGUACCCCGCUGCCCCGCCUUCCCGCCCGCACCACCGCCGCCACUGGCCCCCGCCGCCCUCGCCCCGCCCGCGGCGGCUCAACUUCGGGGAGAAGCUCGGGAUCGCCUUCGCCGGCGUGGCCGUGGCGGCGCAGGUGGUCCUCGGCACCUUCCUGGCGCUCCGCGCGUGGCAGGUCCGGCGGCUGGACAGGGCCGAGGUGUCCUCCUCCACGCCCCUCACUUGACCGGGAGGCGCCCGGCCUUUUCUCGCCGCGCCGCGUUCGUCCUCGUCAGGUCCGUGGUUUUUUUUUAACUACUCGCGAUCUGAUGAUGCCAAUUGCUGUAAACUGUAAAGCAAGCGCGGGGAUGCGGUAGCUCCACUGCAUCUUCCCGAUUACCACAUUGUAGAAUCCAUUCUUUCGUUUCACAGUAACAGAUCGACCACACAAGCGUGUCAUAUCACUGCACCGUGUACAAUCUGCUUCUUUCUGCAUUGUUCAUGCUCUGAAAUAGUGAGGGAGGCAAUGAAAUCUGCAGAGAGAUGUAGUGUUUUCUUUGUUACUGCCAUUACGUGGUCCAUAUUUUUCGAGUCGGCUGUGUUGAUUCGUGUGAGAUUAAUUGCAAUUUCUUACGGGAGUACCGAAGAUUAUGUUUCGUUAAAUGGAUCUCAUGAAUGUACAAACAAAGGGAUAUAAUCAAUUAUUGUUGUAGCGAUGUGAUCUGGGCUAUUUAAAAUUUUCACCUGUGGUACCACUUGCUACCAUCAAUAUCGGUCCAUGUGGAAUGAUUGACCCAACCAUGGUCCCCUGUUAUUCUAAGGCUCCUGCUUGGGUUUCUUGGUUACCAUCAAGCUGAUUGUACUUUCUGUUUUGUGUUUAUUUGGGAUUUGCAAUGUCCUCUCCAGGCCAAUGCACAGAUUUCCCCUGUCAUGAUAAAUUGUUGUAAGAGCCUAAGAGGUAGCAUCAACUACCUGGUGAACAUAGAUAGCACUGUAGGCAUGUAGCAAGCCUCUGGUGUCAUGAAUGAUGCUGUUGAUUCCGUUAAUGCAUCUUCAACGAGAAAUUACCGAAAGAAGAAGGAAAAACUACAUUUUUCAACAAGUUGCAAACACCUGGUGAGUGGUGGCAUUGGCAUCAUCCAAGUUAACUGAGCAUCUUGACUAUCUAUCAUUAAAUAAUCUUUUAGGGUUUGUAUGAUGGGCUGAUUCUUACAAAGGUAAAGGCCGCAAAUUUGUAACAGGUUUGCAGUGGAUGUACUU